UUGUACAAUUAUCAUCUAUUGUGUCAAUAUUUUUUUCUUUAAUUUUUAGUUAGUUCAUUAUAUAAAGAUUAUAUGAAGAUGCAGUGGUACAUUCUUAUACUAGUAUUUGGUAUUGGGAUACAGCAUGGUCAAUGUCAAGAUAUAUAUGAUCUCAAGAAUCUCAAAGAACAACUAUUUGUGACAGAUGAAUAUGAUUCGAAACUCAGACCUGUCUACAACCAAACCAGUGCAAUAGAUGUUUGGGUCAACCUGUACUUAGUGUCAAUCCAUGAGUUAAAUGAGGCAACAGAGACGUUGAAGAUAUCAGCGUAUCUGUGGAUCAUAUGGAAUGAUGAAUUUCUGGUAUGGAAUGCUACCGCUUACGGCGGUAUCGAACAAUUAUAUAUCCCACAGGGGGAUGUAUGGAAACCGGAUGUGGCACUGAGAAACUCAGUCAAACAGUUCAAAGAACUUGGAGUAACGACACUGAAUGUGAAGGUCGAUAUGGAUGGCUGGGUCGAAUGGUAUCCUUUUGAGGUUUUUGAGACAUCUUGUUCUGUAGACAUCACGUAUUUUCCAUUUGAUACCCAGGAAUGCAAGAUCAUGUUUGUGCCUUGGAGUUAUGGUUCCACCGAUGUUGCAAUGAAAAGUGAAGCGGGUGGCAUUGUUUUGCGUGAUUACGAGGCAAACUCAGCCUGGGACGUCGUAAACACAGGCUACUAUUUUACUACUUCUUCUGGAGAUUCCACCGUCGUAUUCACCAUCAAACUGAGAAGAAAACCACUAAACGUCCUUCUCUCAGUGAUAUUACCAAUAAUGAUGUUGGCAAUUCUAAACUUAUUUGUAUUUGUGUUACCUUGCGAGUGUGGCGAAAAGGCCAGCUAUGCAAUAACGGUCUUCUUGGCGUUUGCUGUAUUUCUGACAAUAGUUUCUGCAUCUUUUCCCGAAAAUUCUGAAACGGUUGCUAUAUUCUCCGUUUAUCUUAUCAUCCAGACGCUACAGAGCACGAUAAUAACUUUGAUUGCUUUGGCUCUUACUCGAUUUCUUUCGUUUGAUAGCCUUGGAAAACCGGUUCCAAAUAUGUUACAAAAGCUGCUUAAGCUCCUAACCUUACGAAACUGUUGUAAGAAACCCUGCAAAGAGACUAAGGUUGAAAACAUCAAGGUUGUUGAGGUUAGAGAAGGGUCAACAGGUAAUGACGAUGAGGGGCAAGAUGACGAUGAUAAACCUCAGUACAAUACAUGGAAACAAGCCGUUGAUAAGCUGGAUUUUGUAUUCUUUUUAUUCUUUACUUUGGUCCUUGUUAUGUCAACUUUAACUCUCUUUGUCAUAGCUGUCACAAACAAAAAUUAAAGUCUCUAAACACAGAUCGAUCAACAUCGAUCGAACACUUGUUAUAUGUCUGUACCACUUUUUAUAUGUGAUUAUUUUAUAUCUCAGACCACGACAUAGACAACAAGACCAAAGUUAUGAUCAGGAAGCGUCCUGGAAUGACCUUUCCUAUGAAAACAUAUAUCACCUGUUAACAAUAUACAUUUAUAAAAAGUCUCUGCGUGUUCUGUAAAAUAAGAUAAGAAGAAAAAUUCAAUUAUAUGUGUAUGGUUUGGAUUGAAUACAUGACCAACUCUGACUGGGUCAAUAGUUUAUAAGUUUAUAAUGAUCUUUUCUGAAAUGUCAAACAACGGUCAUCUAUCACCCAUUCUCAGUGAAAGUCUUGUGUUUUAAUUGGUGUCUUGAACGUUUUGCUUGAGUCAUUUGAUGUAUUAUACUGAACUUUACUUUCUGUAAAAUGUUUAACAAACUUUUACAUUGGAUGUGAAAUCAAAGUCAUCGAGGAUCUCUUUUUUUCUUUUUCUUUUUGUCAGGUCUGAUUAUGCAUGUCUUGUUGUUGUUGAU